AUGAAAUUCUCAAGACAAAUAGAGUACCAUAAAAUUCCCGAAUGAUCUGCCUACUACAUUCAAUACCGUUACCUUAAAAAAAUGCUCUGCAAGCUCAAGUGUCAAUACUCCAUCUCUUCUGACACAGAGCUCAACGAUGCCUUGCUAGAUCAGCAUAGCAUCUUAAUGAAAUUCAAAGAAGAACUCAAAUUCCAAAUCAACAUAUUAAAUGCCUUUUAUUCAGAGAAAAAGUUGCAAGUUACUGAUGAACUUGAAAAAAUCUUCAGCUAUUUCCAUAACCUUGUCAGGAUAAAUUCCACAAUUGACUUAGAAGAAGCAAAAAAACUUUUGUCAUUAGACGAAAGAGAUGACGCACAAGACAGGGCAACAAGCAUGAAAAGAGCAUUUUCGGAUAUCCACAAACAAAUGUGAUGGCUCGAAGCUUUCUGUGAGAUUAAUUAUAUGGCUUGCUUAAGGCUAUUAGAUAAGUUGGAAAGUUCAGUCGAAAUGAGGGAUGAUUUGGAGCAUCAGCCAUUUAGGCAAUGGGAAAGCGAAAUUGGAGGGUUAAGAAAUGCAUUGUAUGAACAAGUAGCCAUAGAGUGCAUGGACGGUGACAUAGAAAAAGCAAAGAUGUUGCUUAUAGAAAAACAAUACAGAACCAAAGAUAUUGGGAAGAUUUUUUUCUGUCUAGGAGUAGUCGUGACUUGUCUGAUAGUGAUUUUAUAUAUUGUUCUGAAGUUUGGAGAUGCAGCUUUAUGUCCUUCAACACCAAUUUUUAGGCUGACUUUGGCUGUGAAUCUUACUUUAUUAGCAGUAGCUUAUAUAAUUUAUGUAUUGGAAUCAUACUCAAUCAAUUGGGUAUAUAUUUUUGAAAUUGAUCCUUCCAAUAAGACUUCUUAUAUGAAUCUUGUAUGAUAUUCUAUGCUUUUAAACGCAAUUUGGGCUGUUUGCUAUUUAGUGAAUGUUGGAGAUAAGCUUUAUUUAGCAUUCGCGAAUAAUCAUAUAAUACUUUGUAUAGGAAUUUUUAUAUUUUAUAUUGCACUGCUGCUAUAUCCUUUCAAUCAAUUUCACAGAAUUUCAAGAUAUGCUUUUGUAAAAGCAUUUUGCGAAUUAUUAAUAUCGCCAUUUAGCUACGUUCAUUUUCGGAAUUACAUGUUUGGAAGCUGGCUAACAUCUUUUGCUAUUCCUUUGAGGGACAUAUACUUAUCUUUAUGCUUUUUCUUUCAAAAUAACCCUUCAUCAAUCAAGGCUUUAUCUCCAGACCACUAUACAAACAUUUUUGUGAUAUUUUUGCCUGCUUUUCCUUUAAUUUUAAGGUUUUUACAAAAUCUUAGUGCUAUGGUCAGAAAGCCUUCUCUAUACAAGCUUCAGAUGAUAAAUUUAACAAGGUAUUUUUUGCCUAUUUUAUUAGUCUCUAUGUCCUAUUUUAAGUUAUAUAAAGAGCCUUAUACAUCAGAAUGGCUGUCAGUUUUUACUAUAUUGACUAUACUCAUUUUAAAGAGUUUGAUACUCUUGAGACCAUCGGCUUAACUAAUAACUAAAAAUCAGGACUGCAUUAAGGGCGUCGAGCUAUUUAAGAAGAGUAUACAUACCAUGCAUUUUUGGAUAUGUACUCAGAUUGGGGGUUGCUCAGAAACUCAAGCAGCGGGCCAUUUUUAAGAGGAAAAAUUAGUUUCCCUAAAAAUUUUUAUUAUAAGAUUAUGGUAAUAAACUUCUUUUUGAGGUUUAACUGGACGUUGACAUUAGUACCAUAUGAGGCUUUCAAUAAUGCUUAUGUAAAUACAGAGGUGCUGUAUACAAUUAUAUUGAUUUUAGAGAUAUUUAGGAGGACGCUGUGGACAAUCCUUAGAGUUGAAAGAGAAAACACAGGGAAUGUUGAAAGGUAUAGGAAAAUAGAUUAUCUCCCAAAACCACUUUCUUAG